AAAGAACUUCAGUUACCACACAGCACCGAACCGAUGGCUGAGAACAAAUACUGGGCCCUCUACCUCGAGCCAUCCAAAGAUAAUUUCCUGGCAGAUUGGAGAAAUAUUAUUGUAUCGCCAUUGCUAUUAGGUCUCAAACCAGUCGCUAUAGAGAAAUUGAAACUAGACAGUAUGCCAGGUAGGUUGAGGCAGAUACUGGAAGAGGAAACUGAUAUCGUAGCUGUACAAGAAAUACUUGCAGCUGAUCGUGAAAGUGAAGAGGAGAGAAGAAAGAACCUCAGCAAGGAGGAAGAAGCCCGACGACGACGACGACAAAUUCUUACGGAAAGGGAACAGGGAUGUUGUGACCUUUCUGGUGUUUUUGGUUUUUGUUGGGUGUGUUCUUCACGGUAUGCUCUAUCCAUGAUAAUUGCAGCUGGGAUCGGGGCAUAUUGCAUCAAAAAUCGUGAACAUUUGAAGUUCUUUUAGCAUAUUACAAUAUCUGUCUACAGAAGACUUUUUUCAAUUUUUUUUUCAAAAGUUUCUUCGCAAUGAUUUAUAAAUUAUUUAUUUUUGGUAACCAGUUGUGACGUAGAUGUUGUCUAUGCAUUUUAAACUAUAAGACUUGGUUUUAUUCCAUUUCGGUUGCAUAGUUUCUUUUUUUCCUGGCUUAGUUGUUCUGUGGUAUUUCAACAUAUCAUUGUAAACAACAGGCUUUUAAUGUCAUUUUAAUGUCAUUUCAUCGCAUUACCUUGCAUACAUAAACGUAAACUA